AUGAGUGCUACCACCAAACCAGCGGACGAGCGGGCGCCGCUACUCGGUCCACAACCAAGUACCGUAGAUGCAGGCAAUGAGUACCUCCCCGAAAGCGAGGUCGAGGAUGACUCGGGCCGUAUCUCCGUAGUAAGAGCGGCGAUAUGUGUCGUCGCAUUGGGAUCAUUGAUCUUUUUACAAGCUACAAAUAUCUCGCUUCUUACCACAACACAAUCUACUAUUGCAGCCGAUCUUGAUGCUUUUGAGAAAACAAGCUGGUUCACAUCAGCAUAUCUUAUCGCUGUAUCGUCUACAUCGCCAUUGACUGGAAAGCUCAGUCAACUCUUCAGCCCGAGAAACUGUAUCAGCGGCAGUGCUAUCAUCCUUGGAUUAGGUGCCCUGUUUACUAGUUUCGCGCAAACCUUCGCCAGCUUUAUCAUUGGACGUAUCAUUACCGGUAUCGGGGCUGCUGGAGUCUUUACAGUUUCCAUCAUUGUUGUGCUCGAGCUCAGUGGUCCCACCAAGCGUGGAGCUGUAAUUGGGCUCUUGAACUCUGGAUUUACUGUUGGUGUUGCGGUUGGAGCGACUGUGGCAGGUGCAUUAGUGAACAAAGUUGGUUGGAGAGCGCUUUUCUGGAUGCAAACGCCGCUUGCUAUUGUCGCUGGUACAGCGCUCUACUUGGCAAUCCCGACUCAAUUCUCUGCUGCUAGAGGCAACAGUAAAGAGAGCAGCUGGAAGAAGCUAGGAGCAUUGGACUAUCUUGGUGCUCUUACCUUGACUGUGGGUAUCGUUCUGCUUCUCGCAGCACUGUCGAACCCUCGCCGCAUUCCUGUCUUGCCUAUUGUCUUUAGUGUCAUCGCUCUUGCGACGUUCGUCCUCAACGAAUUGUAUCUGGCUGGCGAUCCUAUCAUUCCGGUCACACUGCUCAAGUCUCGAGGCAUGGCAUUUACUUGCUUGGGUACGGUUGGCUUCAUGAUGGCUCGCUGGAGUGUCCUUUUCUUUACACCUACCUACACUCUCGCAGUACGUGGCUGGGCUCCUGCCGCUGCAGGCAGCAUACUGAUCGCUACGAACGGCGGUUUUGCACUUGGAGGCAUUCUUGUUGGUGUCUUCCACAUUCGGCGUCCGGGUAGUUUCUACAUUGCCUGUGUGACGGUAUACCUCUUGUUCCCUAUCACUCUUGUGGGCAUCGCCAUGCUUUCAACUGCUGCAGCGUCUUCGGCUCUGUACAUUCUGCUGCUGUUCUUGAAUGGUCUCACCGUUGGCGCGGCGAUGAACUACACACUUGCUCAUCUUCUGCAUCUGACACCAGCUUCGACGCAUUACAUUGCUACCUCACUCAUUGCCACCUUUAGAGGCUUCGCUGGAUCUUUCGGCUCAGCCAUUGGUGGUGGAUUGUUUACCCGCCUGUUGAGAAAGUCGUUGGAAGACAAGUUUGACGACAGCGAUGCUGACCUUAUUCGCCGGCUUUUGGGCAGCCCAGCUAUGGUCAGUAUGUUGAAGGGAGCGAAGAAAGCCAAGGCUGUUGCUGGUUACGAAGAUGCCUUGAGAGGGCUGUUCUUGGCCGCUGCUGGCCUUGGACUCAUCAUGGUGCUCGUGCAAGCGGCGACCGGUUGGAAGGGUGUCGAAGAUGAGCCCAAGAGUCAGGAGGGUGAGGAGGAAGUCACGCAAUAG